UGCGCAUAUUGGACAAGACCCAUCUCUUUGUACUUGCCAAUAUUCUCUUCAGCCUAAUCUCAUUGAUCAUUGGUCACCCUAAUUAAUCAGCUUUUUCUUCUUUAAUUACUAGUGCUAUUACUUCAAGGUGUGAAGUACAAUUAGUACUUGAUCAACUUUUAAGCACUAUAUAUUGCUGAUUUUAUGGACUAUUUGAAAGAAUUGGAAGGCAAAAGACUUCAUGAUCAUUUUGAAGCGAAGAUGGCCGCUAAAACUACAAGAAGGCUUAUAUUUGUUCCUGGGCCGGUCGUAGUUGGAGCUGGCCCUUCUGGUUUAGCUGCUGCUGCUUGUCUCAAAGAAAAAGGUAUUCCCAGCUUGAUCCUUGAAAGGGCUAACUGCAUAGCUUCGUUAUGGCAGCUUAAGACCUACGACCGCCUCCGCCUUCAUCUCCCCAAGCAGUUCUGUGAACUCAUACUCAUGCCCUUCCCUUCAGAUUUUCCCACUUACCCAACCAAACAGCAGUUUCUGGCUUACCUAAAUGCUUAUGCUGAACACUUUGAUUUGAAGCCUGUUUUCAAUAUGACAGUGGUGAGUGCAAGGUUUGAUAGCAGAUGUGGGCUUUGGUUUGUUAAGACUUUGGGGUUGAAAAAUGAGGAGACUGAGUAUGUUUGUCAAUGGCUGAUUGUUGCCACCGGUGAAAAUGCUGAGGAGGUUGUGCCGGAAUUUGAAGGGGUGGAUGAGUUUGGGGGGCCUAUUCUUCACACCAGCUCUUACAAGAGUGGUGAGUUGUUUAGGGGAAAGAAGGUUUUGGUGGUUGGAUGUGGGAAUUCAGGCAUGGAGGUGUGUUUGGAUCUCUGCAACUACAAUGCAAGCCCUUCCCUCGUUGUAAAAGAUUCGGUGCACAUCUUGCCGCAAGAGAUACUGGGAAUAUCAACUUUUGGAUUGUCCAUAUGGUUGCUCAAGUGGUUCCCCAUGCGCCUUGUGGAUCAUUUUUUGCUUCUUGUCUCACGCCUCAUGUUUGGUGACACUGCCCAGUUUGGCAUCAACCGCCCGGAGCGUGGCCCUCUUGAGCUCAAGAGCAUGACUGGCAAGACACCUGUUUUGGACAUUGGCACACUUGCUAAGAUCAAAACUGGCCACAUCAGGGUUUGCAAGGCAAUAAAGCAACUAGAACAUCAAACUGUGGAGUUUAUAGAUGGGAAAGUAGAGCAUUUCGAUGCUGUCAUUUUCGCAACGGGGUACAAAAGUAAUGUAACAUCUUGGUUAAAGGAAACAAACAUGUUUUCAGAAAAAAAUGGAUUGCCUCGGAAGCCCUUCCCAAACGGAUGGAAAGGGGAAUGUGGAUUGUACUCAGUGGGGCUUACACAACGUGGCCUACUGGGCGCUUCUCUUGAUGCAAGAAGGAUUGCAGAGGACAUUGAGCAUAGCUGGAAAGCUGAGGCCACGCAUUUCAUGGCCUUCACAGCUUGUGCGUUGCCACCAACACCACCACCACAGCCUUGAUUAUAUUAAGCAAAAACAACCUGCAUAUCAUAUACCGGCGGUGAAUAUCGAAAGAUAAUUUAUAAAAACAAAAAACAAAAUUAUUGAUCACUUUAUAUAUAUGCAGCUGCCUUUGACAAGACCGAGGAAUUUGGUUCCUUUUCUAUCUACCCAAGUAGAGCGUAGGAAGAAGAUAAGAAAAUAAAAGAAAAGAAAGCAAAGAAAAAGAGGGGAAAAAAGGUUGUGGGGUUGAAAAUGGAAGUUGGGUUCCAAUUCCAAUCAUUCAAUUAUAAUAGUAUGCCUAGCUAGGGGAAUGUUGGGUGCAACAAAAAGUUUAAUGCUUCUUUUGGGCUGUGGGGAUUGGUGGUUCUUCUCAUCAUCAAUGCGUACGUAUAUCUUGUAAAUUACCACUUUUACUUUAGCUUACUAGCUAGGAUAUAUUAGGGUACUGUUUGAUUAAUUAAGAGAGAGACUUUGGGUUUCUCAGAUUUGGUUAAUCAGGUUUAUAAUUUUUGUGUCUGAUUUUAAGAUGAUCGAUGGUGGUGUGAUCGAAUUUAUGUGAAGUAUAAGGUAUAAACUGAAUUUUCAUGUGAUUCGGGAUUGGUGUGUAUAUUAUGACAUUUUCAUCAA